AGGGCCCGUCAAGCCCGUCAAGCCCGUCAAUCAGGAGCUAUGGCUAUGGCGGCCAUGGCGGAAGCAGCGGCCGCGGCGAUGGAGGCCGAGAAAAGCGAGAAAGAAAGGAAUGGCGAGCUGGAGCUUGAUCUAACGCAGCGGGUCGAGAGCGCGGUCACUGCCCGCGCGACUUACAUCAAGGAGCACGCUGAGUCGCUCACGAUGGUUAGCUUCCGGCGCCUGCUGGAGGAGGAUCUAGGCCUCGAAACCACUGCGCUAGAUCCUCACAAGAAGAAGAUCAAGGAGCUAGUGGAUCACAUCAUGAAUGCUGAUGAUCCAGAAGUCACCGAAGCUGUAAUCAGAGAUGCUCUCGCUAAAAGGAGUUCUUAUCUCAAAACCGACUCACGGAACAUGAAGCUCGAACGAGUCAGACGUCUUUUGGAGGAAGAUUUGGGUCUACAAAAUUUUGCUCUUGACACAAAAAAGGAACUCGUAAAGUCUCUCCUUGACGAGGUUCUCAAUACUUCGGAUGUUACUAAAGAAGAAGAGCAUAGUGCUUCCGAAGUGGAAGCGCUGGAGACGGAGACAGGGACAGCCGCAGAAGUUAACGAAGAGAAGAAAAGAAAGCUACAAAGCGCGGAAAAGUCGAGAAAGAAGAAAAGACUCGUUAAAAAGCUGGAGGAAACCGAUGAAUCUGAAAGGGAGGAUUCAGAGGAGAAUAAACCCCGCAAAAGGAAGUCAGGAAAGAAGAAAGCAAUCGUAAAGGAUUCCGAGGACGAGGACGAGGAUGAGCGAAAAUCAAGCAACCCAAAAUCGAGCAAGGAUGAAGUACACGCAAAGAAACCAGAGGAAACCGAGGCCGAGGAUACAAAGGAAUACAAUACCGAUAGUGAUGAGAGUCCUGCGAAGAAGACGCCAAAGAAGAAGGCUGCGAAAGCGCCGGAAUCAAAACCGGUUGUAAGUAAGGUCGUGGAGCAACUAAAGCAGAUGAUCAAGGCCUCUGGAAUAAAUAUCCCUCCUUCCGUUUACAAACGGGUGAAGCAAGUGCCAGAGUCAAAGCGGGAGAGUUCGCUGAUUAAAGAGCUCGAGAGCAUUUUGCAGAAGGAGGGAUUGAACAGGAACUCAUCGGAGAAAGAGCUCAAGGCCGUGAGAAAAAAGAAAGACAAGCAAAAAGACCUCGAAGGAAUUGAUGUAGGUAAUAUCAUCACAGAGGGGAGGGGGAGGAGGCAAGCAAACUUGUUUUACGAGCCACUCCCUUUUGCGAAGAAGAAGAGGAACAAGACCGUUCUCUCUGACGACGAGGAGAGCAGCAAGAGCGAAGAAGAGAAGAAGCAAGGCGGCGAGUAAGCAUCUGCGGCGUUCCCAUCGAUGAAUUCCAUAGCUCGUGCCAAAGAGUUUGAAGAGAUUUACUCAAUCAUGGAAGUUUGAUCCAAUCGAGACCUUGUAUUAUAGCCACAGAAAAUCCGACCCGAAGUAAAACUUUGAACUUAAAGCUCGGAAGAAUAUCCUAGGGUUUAGGGAGUAAGAUCGACGCGCUCUUAAAACUCCUCAACAAGGAUGCCUGGGCACAGAUUCUAGCAGCUCGCACCGGAGGCGAGAAAAAUCCCCUCGCUCCUAACGUUUGCGGUGAUGAGAAUGUACGCAAAAGUUGGCAGCAUCCAAUGCUUUCGAGAAUGAAGGCUUGGACGACGAUGCUCCUGGCGCUGGCCAAGGAAGGAGCGCCGCCGGACGAGGACACUUACGUUCUCGUCGCUCAGAAAUCCAGGAACAUCACGGUGGACGAAGCCAAGGAACUGCAGAGGCUAGUCCAGGAGAAGAUUGGGGUGAGCGCCAAAGUCGGGCGGAGAAGUUCGGAAGUAUGAUCCUUGCUCGGGUGUGCUACGAUGCGAUCGAGGACAAGGUGGUAUCGGCGAUGACCAAGGGAUACCUGGCUCUCAAUCAACACAGGGGCGCGAACGACAUUGCUCACGACAUGCUGGACAAGGGGGGUGGAUGGUGCCGCUCCAGGUAAACGUGGUUAUCGCUGCUGCAAGUCUCAGAACGAUGCUCCGCGGACGCAGCGCGUGGAAGAGAUCAUCAUGAAGAUCUUGAUCCGCUGGGAACCGGAGCUCACAGGGAGUGGGAGGAGGCCAAGCGGGUGAGGAAGCUCAUGACGGACAGGGGGAUCAAGAAAGAGCCCGGCAAGAGUGAUCAGCAUCAAGAGCACGGUCGCUCGCACCCGCACACGAUGGAGAUUUACGCCGAGGUGGACAGGAUCCAGGAGAUACGUUCUUCAUGACGUUCCAGAGGACAAGAGGGCGAUGGCUGCAGCCACUGACUUGCGGGUGUGUGGAGACUGCCGAUCGCGAGUGGGAGCGCUGGGGGAUUAAUUAGGUGCCAUCUCAUCGCCCUCCACCACAAUCUCACGAGCUGGAGCAAUCCACCGUACGCUUUGAUUUAAAUUUUAGGGUUCUUGAACAUGCUGACGUGUCAGGGCUUUGAAGC